AUGGCCAGUACCAGUAAUGUGACUGAGUUUAUUCUCGCUGGCCUCUUCCAGGAUCCAAAAGUUCAGAGAGCAUGCUUUGUGUUAUUUCUUCCUGUGUACCUGGCCACGGUGGUGGGCAACGGCUUUAUCGUUCUGAUGGUCACCAUCAGCAAGAGUCUGUGUUCUCCCAUGUACUUCUUCCUUGGCUACCUGUCCUUGGUGGAGAUCAGCUACUCCUCUACAAUUGUUCCCAAAUUCCUCAUUGACUUACUUGCCAAGAUCAAAGCCAUUUCCCUGCAGGGCUGUCUGGCCCAGAUAUUCUUCUUCCACUUCUUCGGGGUCACUGAGAUCCUUCUGCUUGUGGUGAUGGCCUAUGACCGCUAUGUGGCCAUCUGCAUGCCUCUUCGUUAUAUGAACAUCAUGAGCCGUCAGCUGUGUUACCUUCUAGUGGCUGGUUCCUGGCUGGGGGGCUUUCUUCACUCCAUCAUUCAGAUUCUUAUCACUGUCCAGUUGCCCUUCUGUGGUCCCAACAUGAUUGACCACUACUUCUGUGACCUCCAGCCACUAUUCAAACUGGCCUGCACUGACACUUUUGUGGAAGGGGUUAUCAUACUGGCCAACAGUGGCUUAAUUGCUUUGUGCUCCUUCCUCAUCUUGGUGUCUUCCUAUGUUGUCAUCCUGUUCAACUUGAGAAACCAUUCGGCUGAGGGCAGGCGCAAAGCCCUCUCCACCUGUGCCUCUCACAUCACCGUGGUCAUCUUGUUUUUUGGUCCUGCCAUCUUCCUCUACAUGCGGCCAUCCUCCUCCUUCACUGAGGACAAGCUGGUGGCUGUAUUCUACACGGUCAUCACCCCCAUGCUGAACCCCAUCAUCUACACGCUCAGAAACGCAGAGGUCAAAAUUGCCAUGCGGAGGUUGUGUGGCAAGAAGGAACACUGA